AUGACCCUGCCCGGCCAGGGCUGGGAGCUUGGCCUGCCCACCCCGCUUCUCCCACAGCCUGUGAGUCCCCAGAGGGCAGGUGCCUGCAAGGAGCUGGAGGAGCCAAUAAAGGUGCCAAGGACCAGGGACCCAGCACGAGCCCAGGAGCUUCCUUACGGGUGGGGGAGUGCGCGUACGGGGGGCCUCCCAGCAUGUGGUGUGGGCUCCCGCCAGCAUCAUCUUGUCUUCUCUCCUUGUCUCAACCACGCAAGGCCUAUGGGGAACCAGGCCCAGAGAGUGGCUACCAUACACAGAGGGUCCAGGGCCGGCAGUGCCGUUCCUCCUGCCCCUGAGGCACUGGGAGGUGCAGGGAAGGGGGUGGGGAGGGGGGAAGCAGGCUCACCCGUAGCUCACCCCCUGCCCAGCUGGUGGAGACCUAGUCCAGGAAGGUGCUGUCCACUGCCCAGUGGGGCCCACCAACUUUGUUCAGGGGGGCCGUGUCCACCUGUGAGUGCUUCUGGGCAUCUGUACCUCACACACAGGAUACUCAGGGACACACACACGUGGGCACACAUGCAUGCAUGGGCACACUCACAAAGAGUAAUGCCAGAGACCCUGCAGCUCCGUCCCCCAGGAGACCCGACCACUCCCGCCCGGCUGUCAGCUGCAGCCCCCUCCCUUCCUUUGCAGCACCAGACAGGCUUCUGGGAGCUGUGUCGCCAGGCCACGUGCCCCUGGUCACCCUCCAGUGAAGGUCUCAGGACAGAGGGGAUGGGCUGGGGUCAAGUGGCUAAAACAUGUGUCCCCUUCUCCCCUGAGAUGCAUAGGGCCGGCUCACUUCUCAGUGAAAUCCCUCCGCCAGUCGCGCCUGCCUCCGUGGUCAGUCUACUCUCAUCACAGGACAGAACUGGGGAGCCCAGAGGGCCCAGGGCCCAUGUCUCUGGGGCAGCUGGCCACAGCCCGAGCCCCUGAUGGAUGAAGGCAAUCUCGUGGCUGAGCAGGCCCAGAGGGCACCCUCAGUGGCAGCUAGAGUCCUGCCUGUGGCUAAAUGAUGCCCACCCAAAGGGCUGGCCUUCCCUUGGAACAUGCCCUUUCUGGGUAUCCACCACGGGGGACCGCCAGACCUCAAAAGCUAUGGGAGCACACCCUCCACUCCCAGUGAGAGGGAGGGGGAGAGGGGGUGGGGUAAAGGUUCAGGAUGGGAAGGAAAUUCUCAUCACACCCCAUACACACCGUUCCAUCUCCACUGCAUCAGAGUUCAGGCAUGCCGAUUACAAAAAGGGGCCCAGGACCCACUAUUCACCUCCAAGUCUGGCGUCCCCUCUCUCCUUGGACCCCUAUCCUUGGCCCUCUGCCCUGCCCAAGUACCAGUUGUCAGGGCGCCUCGAGGCCCGGAACCACAGCCACCCCUGUUGCUGCGUGGACUCCGAGGAGCACGGUCCCGCCAGCAGCCCGGGAGGAGGCCAGCUCGGGCCAGGGGGAGAGUGAAGCACCAGCAGCAGCACAAGAUGAAGGCGCUGUGAGCGCAGUGCUGGUCUCUUGCUGAUGGGCAAACUGAGUCAGUGAUCCGGUGCAGGUAUCCUCCCUCUUACGGCCACGCCCUCUGGGGACAGGCACCCCACCCUCCAAGCGCAGAGAAGAAAACGAGUCCCGCAGACAAAUGACAGCCCAACAACAACAGGGGCCACCCUCCACCUCCUCACCCCGACAGCUUGCUCAGGAAUAUUCUAGAAACUUCUGGAGGCUGCCUUCCUUUGCUUCCUCCGGAAAGGAGCCGUGGCUAUGCAUUGGGCUGCUAACUGAAAGUCUGUGACAUGUGCCAGCGCACCCAGAAAAAAGGGAAUCCCUCCCGAGCGGACGGCCUGCUCCUUCAGUCAAGAGAUCAAACGAAGCA